UAACCUGCCUCAUCUGCCGCUGAUUUCUCCAUGUCCAUCAACGAAGAAAGCGAUGGGAAACGCCUCCCACUCGCACGCGCUGGCACGGCACCAUGUGAUUGACUACAUAUGUAGGUCAAUAAUUAGGCCACAACCACAACAACCGCCACAAAAUACAAUGCAAAACCUGGCAUUCAUAAUUCAUACAAAAAUUAUUAAAACAAGAUCGAUCGAUCGAUCGAUCAAGAGUUGCAUCCCAAAAUAAAUAAUCCACCGCAAAAGCUACAGGCGCCAGCCUCCAGGUAGCUUCGCUAUAGCCCAUCAAACAAGCAAGAAAGGGGGAGAGAAGGGAAGGAGAGGUCGUCGUCGCCGUCGACGACGAUUCACCGGCCAUGUGCUGCUGCUGCGGCGGCGGCGGCGACGGCGACGGCGACGGCUGCAAGUGCCGGCCGCUGGGGUGGCUGCUGGGUCUGCCUUUCGCGCUGCUCGCCGUCCUCGUCUCCAUCGUCGGCGCCAUCAUCUGGAUCAUCGGGCUGCCGAUCUCGUGCAUCUGCCCGUGCUGCCUGUGCGUGACGCUGGUGCUGGAGGCGGCGGUGGAGCUCAUCAAGGCGCCGCUCCAUGUCAUGACCUGGUUCACCUCCAAGAUACCAUGCUAGCUAUAGCUUCUUGAUUUGCUCUACCAUUUGAUCAGAUAUAAACAGAAUGAUCAGUAACUGAUCAGUAAGUAUACCGAUUAUUUAUUAUUUAUUUAUGCAUAUGUACUCUGGCUUGGAGAUAUGAUUAAUUUGUCAUUCCAAUCGAGAUUCAUUCGGUGAAAAGAUAUACUCUGUGGUGCUGGUUCA